AAAACGCUCUUCCCUUUCGGUUUGCGGUGAAACUUCGCAUCCUUCUUCCGCUCUCUCCUCUCUUUCUCUGCUCCUUUACGCGUUCUUCCUCCCAAACCCUAACCAUCUUGCGUACGAUCGUAUCCAACCACGGUUUCAGAUCUCCAUCGCUACCGAUUGGCCAAUCGCGCUUAUAUUUCCCGAUUGCGAUUCUUCUCAACGUCGUCGUUUUUCAGCUGAAUAAUGGCUUUUAUACGUAACUAUCGCUCACAAGGGGGCACCGCUGGUGAUGAGUGUUGGCCGUCUCUCGGUAGAAAUGACGUCAAAAGCUUCAACAACUUCAACCACAACAACAACUGGAACAAGAGCAGGACUAAUAACUUCGUUAAGAAUUAUAACAAUUAUCAGAAGUACAAUUAUAACAAUUUCCAGAAGUACGUGGGUGGUUAUAAGGAGCAUGCGGAUAAUUCUAAUUAUAUCAAGCCUGACAGUGCACCAUCGUUUAAGAGGAGAAAAUUUUCAGAUUCUACUUGGGGUGAUGGUGGGAGACAUUAUCUGCCACCCAACACAUAUGAGUUUAUCUCUUCUUCUUGCAAUAAUUAUGUCCCUCGUCAAAGAUCCAAUGGUGAUGCCUCUGCAUCUACCACUGGUAAACGUGACCGCUCAAAGUUAGAUGAGGAUGAACUUCCCUUUAUGUCAAGGGAUGAGAUAGAGAGAUGCUCCCCAUCUAGAAAAGAUGGUAUAGAUUCAGUACGUGAAGCACACUUGCGCUACUCAUACUGUUCUUACCUUCAGAAUCUUGGAUUGCGGCUUGACUUGCCCCAGACUACUAUCGCUACUGCAAUGGUUCUCUGUCAUCGGUUUUUCGCCCGGCAGUCACAUGCUUGCCAUGAUAGAUUUUUGAUUGCUACUGCGACUCUGUUCCUAGCAGCAAAGUCCGAGGAGACACCACGCCCUUUGAAUACUGUGUUGAGAACAUCUUCUGAGAUUCUCCAUAAGCAGGAUAUCAGUUUCUUGUCCUAUAUGCUCCCUAUUGACUGGUUUGAGCAGCAUCGGGAACGGGUGACGGAGGCUGAGCAAAUGAUACUGACCACUCUAAAUUUUGAACUUGGUGUGCAGCAUCCGUAUGCACCACUUACAUCUACUCUUAACAAAUUAGGUCUUUCACAAACAAUUCUGGUGAAUCUGUCCUUAAGCUUGGUCAGUGAAGGGAUCUACACAAGAGUAGAGUUGAUCGCCUGUAUGAUAUUCUUAGCUGGCGGAUUGAUUUGCUGUUCAUGGAACUUUUGUUUUACUUCUGAAGUUGAACUGCCGAUAUUUUUUGGAUGAAUUUACCAUAAUAUGCCCCCA